GCGGGCUGGGCUCGGCUCGGCUGGGCUCGGCUCCGCACGGCGCGGCUCGGCACGACCCUCAGCCGCCGCACCGGGGGGAGGGGGGGGCUGCUUUGCGGGACCCGGUGUGAGGGCGGCGGGCGGCGCGCGCGGGGGCGGCCGCGCGCGCCCUCUCGGCGGGCGGCAUCAUCAUGACAACAGAGAAGAGUCUCGCAGCGGACGCUGACAAUUCAGAGCAGCAGCAAGCCAAGGAGGAGGAAGGAGCUGCCGAAACACAAAAGCAAGAGGCUUCCCUAGACGAAGGGGCUCAGCAGACGUCGGAGGGACAGCCUGCAGCGGGGCAGAAGCAGAAGGCCUCCAACGGCGAUACGCCCACGCACGAGGAGCAGAGCAAGAAGGAGCGCCGCACCUCCGAGGGCCGGGGUCUCUCCCGCCUCUUCUCAUCCUUUCUCAGGAGGCCCAAGUCUCAGGUGUCCGAAGACGACAAAGACACUGAAGCCCCUAAAGAGGCGGGAGGUGAUCAGAAAGACCUAGGAUUAGGAGCCAGCCCUGAUGAAGACAUCCUGGUGAAAGCCCCCAUUGCAGCUCCUGAGCCUGAGCUCAAAACCGAUCCGUCGCUAGAUCUCCAUUCCUUAAGCAGUGCGGAAACACAGCCUGCGCAGGAGGAGAGGAGGGACGACCAGGAGCCGGACAGCAGGGACUUCGGGGGCAAGGAAGGAGGGGAAGCGAAGGAAGAGUGCGCCAAGCCAGAGCCGAAACAAGAGACUCCGGAGACCAAAGCGGACAAGGAUUUGAAAGCUGCCCAGAAAGCAGUGAAAAGACACAGAAACAUGUACUGCAAAGUUGUCUUGCUGGAUGACACCAUUUUUGAAUGUACUGUGGAUAAACACGCCAAGGGGCAGGAUCUGCUUAAAAAGGUCUGUGACCACCUCAAUCUCCUGGAAGAAGACUACUUUGGUUUGGCCAUAUGGGACACGCCGACCUCCAGGACGUGGCUGGACCCUGCCAAAGAAAUAAAAAAACAGGUUCAUGGAGGCCCCUGGGAUUUUACCUUCAACGUCAAGUUUUAUCCGCCGGAUCCUGCGCAGCUGACAGAGGACAUAACCAGGUAUUACUUGUGUCUUCAGCUCAGACAAGACAUCAUUACGGGGCGGCUGCCCUGUUCCUUUGCGACUUUGGCUCUGCUGGGUUCGUACACGGUCCAGUCCGAGCUGGGAGACUACGACCCCGAUCUCCACGGCCCGGAUUACAUCAGUGAAUUUAAAUUGGCCCCAAACCAGACAAAAGAGCUUGAAGAGAAGGUUGUGGAUCUUCAUAAAACGUACAGAUCCAUGACUCCAGCCCAAGCAGAUCUGGAAUUUCUUGAGAAUGCAAAAAAGCUCUCUAUGUAUGGAGUCGACCUUCACCAAGCCAAGGACUUGGAAGGGGUGGAUAUCACUCUGGGAGUCUGUUCCAGUGGCCUUCUUGUUUACAAAGAUAAACUGAGAAUCAACCGCUUCCCUUGGCCCAAAGUCCUGAAGAUUUCCUACAAACGCAGCGGCUUCUUUAUUAAGAUCCGGCCAGGGGAGCAAGAACAGUAUGAAAGUACAAUUGGGUUCAAGCUACCAAGUUACCGGGCAGCGAAGAAGCUGUGGAAAGUAUGUGUUGAACAUCACACGUUUUUCAGGCUGACUUCCACCGAGGCCAUCCCGAAGAGCAGGUUCCUGGCGCUGGGCUCCAAGUUCCGCUACAGCGGCCGGACGCAGGCACAGACGAGGCAGGCGAGUGCCUUGAUCGACCGACCUGCUCCCCAGUUCGAGCGGACGGCAAGUAAGCGAGCCUCCAGGAGCCUCGACGGAGCUAAACGCGCGACUCAAAAAGUUGAGUUCAGAGCCUUAGAGGAAGAGAAGCAGGAGGAGGUGGUGGCGGUUGAGGUUCCCGAACCAAAACCCGUGGAUCAGAUCCAAGAAAAGCCAGACCUCUUUCUAGCCAAACACGCUCUUGAAACUUUUGAAAUGAAACCCAUUGCAGAGGAGGAAGAGGAGGAGGAGGAGAAGGCAGAGGAGGUUCCCAUUGCUGAGCCAAAGUUACCGGAGCCGUUGCAGCCAUGGUCAGGUACAGCUGCAGCGGCGUUUGGCAUCGCAGUGGCCGUGAUAACCCCCGAGAGGAGUCCCCGGCCCUCCUCUGCCCCGGCCAUCGCUCAGAGCCACGCUGCAGAACCAGGCCUAGCUAAGCCCGACACAAAAGACAUGGUCGCUGCCUCUAAAGUAGAAAAGGAAACAGUGAAACCCGAUGUGAGGCGUGAAGAAAUCCCACCGGAGAAAGCCAAGCCAGAGCCAGGCGAUGCAUCAAAGGUGAGGAAAACGCACAUUGAGGUCACAGUACCCACCACGAAUGGUGACCAGCCCCAGCAGCAGCCUGCAGAAAAAGAGGAAGAGCUGAUAAGAAUGAGGAAGAAAAGAUCAAAGAGGCUAGAUGGUGAAAACAUUUAUAUCAGGCAUAGCAAUUUAAUGUUGGAGGAUCUAGAUAAGACCCAAGAAGAAAUAAAGAGGCAUCACGCCAACAUCAGUGAGUUGAAGAAGAACUUUAUGGAGUCCGUCCCGGAGCCUCGGCCGAGUGAAUGGGACAAACGCUUGUCCACUCACUCCCCUUUCCGAACCCUCAACGUCAACGGGCAGAUUCCCACGGGAGCGGAUGGAAAAAUGAGUGACUUUCUCUCCAGAGAGGAUGUGGCUGCAGUGCCAGAGAGGAGCAGUGUUAACAUUGGCUUUGCGUGGGAGGGCUCAAAGCAGUCGGUAGCUUUUAGUGAGACCCCAGUGCCACCCGCCUCAGCGCCUUCUCCCAGCCGUGACUUUGCUGCUUCCUCCUUAAGCAGCGGGGAGGAGGAGGAGGAGGAGGCGGCAGCAGCUCCCAACCUCCCCACGAGCGAGGAGGACCCGAGAUGUGGAAAGGGGGUUUGUGCAGAUGCAGAAAAGGACGUGGAGCUCUCUGAGCCGGAGCCCCCCGCCAGCCCUGCCGCACCUCCCCGGCAGCCCUGGGGAGGAGAGGAGGAGGUGGCGGAGGAUGGCGAAGACAGAUUUGCCUUUAGAAAGCUAAAUGGCGAGUGUCACGACUCAGAUGUUAAUAACGGGCUGCCGGCAGUCAUUCGCUGCUUCCAGCCACCGCUAGUGAAGACGCAGACGGUCACCAUCUCCGACGUGUCCAGCGCCGUCAAAAGCGAAAUUCCCACAAAAGAAGUCCCCAUUGUCCACACGGAGACGAAGACCAUCACCUAUGAAGCUGCACAGACGGAUGGUGGCAAUGGAGAUUUAGACCCUGGCAUCCUGCUGACUGCUCAGACCAUCACCUCGGAAACCACCAGCAGCACCACCACCACACAGAUCACAAAGACUGUAAAAGGUGGCAUUUCAGAGACGCGGAUUGAAAAGAGGAUUGUCAUCACAGGAGAUGCAGAUGUAGACCACGACCAGGUUCUGGCGCAGGCGAUAAAGGCAGCAAAGGAGCAGCACCCGGACAUGUCGGUGACCAAAGUGGUUGUGCACCAGGAGACCGAGCUCCCAGAGGAGUAGCGAGGCUGUGAAUCGUUCCUGCUAGACACAACACCAGGAAGAAGCAGCUCAGCAAAACUACCAAGAAACUACCUGGAGCACAAAGACCUCGGAUUUACAAGACUUGACACUCAGAGACAUUCAUAUCAUUUAUUAGGAGUUGCGCUUUGACAUUUUACUUGGGAUUUUCCAGACUCCAUUGGAUCGUAUUGGAUAUAGAUUUUUUUUUUUUUAUAUUGUGACAGAAGUAUGCCAUAUUUCUAACUGUACUGAAUAUUUUUUACAGGUUUUCCAUUUUGCAUUCCCUCUCACGCAUAGCCUCUUCAGAUACAGACCCAGACACACCUUGCAGGGCUCAAAGGGUCGCUGUUUUAAGUCAUAUUCCCUCCGCCUCAUCAGGGAUAACGGAGAUAAGCCACAUCCGUGCAUAUUCCGAGUGCAGGAUCCAUACGCGCCUUGAAAAAGCCAUGGGUCCUUCUGCCGGGAGAGUCAGUUUAAAAAGUCAGACUUCAGUUUUGUGCAGCAUUUCUGAUUGCCUCUUGAUUUUUUUAGCUCUAGGGAGCUGGAGAUUCCAGCCGCGCCGCCCGGGCGUGCAGAGCAGAGCUGCCGCCUUCGCUCCGAGUUUCCUCCUCGUUGGGUUUCGGGCCCCCGAUGUGUGAACACAGUAGGGUUUUGUGGUGUAGCCUAUGCACACAUCUUAAUAGUUGACUAGGUUUAAGGACUACUGGAAGUUGCUUCAAGUAUCUUAUACUGUGAAUUUUAGAGCUUUAAGAGGACUGUGACAGCACCUCGCCUUCCUCCUGUGUGUCUCUGCCGAGUGCUACCUACCUGUUUGUGUUUUCUAGAUGCCAUUAAAUUAAAAAAAGCCCUUAGAAGUGUGCGUUUAAGGUGUUUGGACUCUGAAUGCUAUUAAGGUAGGCUUAUGCAGCAUUCACAGUAAUUGAUUUUUUUUUCAGUGUCAUAGUUAUUCACUUGUUUGUGUUCAUGAUUUUUAAAUUAGGGUUGUUUAUUUUUUUUAAUAAGUCAUGGGUUGGAGAUUUUCCUCCCCUCACAGUGGUAUUUGAAGCUAAACAUGUUGCCCCAUACCAGGGUGUAUAUCCUACUAGCAUUUAAUUUAAAGUCCUUUAGACAAUCCUACCUAGGCCUGUAAGCUCUGUUUGGAGAGACUGAACAAGGAAUCUUAGGAGGUGUCAGGUGUUGCUGGUCACGACAGAGCCAAGCCGUGUGGGGAGCGCUGCCACCCCCUCUUCCACGCUGGCUUAAGGGUCUGUACUUCGUUUGGCUUCGUGACCACCUUGCUGGAAUGAAAUACCAGGGUUAGUGUCUGCAUCUUUAGGCUGAGCUUACAGACCACGGGGGCCAUCUCCAGCUAGGUGGGGAUGACCAGAAAACAUCUUCGCUGGAGCUGGAUGCAUUUCCCUGCACGGCAUCUGGGGCUCAGCUCCUGCUGCUGCUUUCUGAGCUUCAUGGAAGUGUUUUAAUCAUGCCUUGGUUUCUCUUUCCAGCAUGUACAUUUAAAAAGAAAUGAAAAAAAAAAAACCAAACCCAAACCAAGCUUUGUUAAGAGGCUGCCCAGACACUUGUGAUCACUUUGGUACACUUUGAGAUUGUGAUUUUUUUUUUAAUAUAUAUAUAUAGUGUGGCACAUUGGUAGCUGAGGGCAUGGAGUGCUCUGCUGCUGCUCUGCAGUUGAGGAUGGGAAGAGAAUGGCAAUAAAAAAAAGCUCUUUGCUAUUUUAAAUUUGAAUAAUGUGUUUCAGAAGUCACUGGAUUUAGCUCAGGCUGUGACAACUUGCUGUUUAGCUGCAAACAACCUUUGAACUACACUGGGGCUAGUGUAGCUUCUCAGAGUCAGGUGCAAUUUUAAUUAAGCUGUCAGUAUUGAUUGGCGACUAUGCUGAAAACGCUGGAGCUGCUGGAUUUUUGCUUUCUUUGAGCCUUUCUGGCCGUGGGUCCUUCUCAGCCUCCAGCCUUCCCAUGCCGGUAGCUGCUGCUCGGGCUGCUCUGGGCGAGUGGUCCCCUCCGGUGAUGCUCUGCCUUCCACUGGGUACCAGGCAUCCUGCCCUGGGGAUUUAGGGAGUCCUGGGCUCCACAGCUGUAGUAUAGAGCCAAAGUCUUCCUCUUUAUGUCUGAACAGCCUUUUCCUUCCUUAUUCUGCAAUGCAGGCCCUUUAACAGGUCCGUGUCCUUGCUGUCCUCAGCUUAGUUGGGUAAUGCUUGCCUUAAAGCCCGUCGUGCUGAGCAGCCCUCUGGCGAUGUCCCUUCUCUAGGAAUUGAGCUUUCUGCCACUUGGGCCUUCCUUCUCACCCUGGAGCAGCUACCUGCGGAGGAAACAGGGACACCGAGUAGUCAUUAAGAGGGUUUCUGAGCUUUACCAGACAAAGCCAGCGUGAUAAAUUAAGUUUGGCCAUAGCACUUAAAGGCACUCAGCCAUCACAAGAACUCAGGGGGACGUGGCGAGAGGCUGAAGCUUGGCCGUGGGUGUUCAGCUGGGGUGUCCUGUGCCCUGAGCGGGAUGAAUGGGACAAAAACACCCCGGGCAGGGGAUUUCUGGGGUGAGAAACCUGCUGGCACAGAGAGGUGGUUCCUUUCCAAAAAGAUGUGCUUGCUGUGGCUGCGUACGCCCCUUUCUAAGGGCCUGUAGACUAGAAUAACUUUAUUUUUUCCUGGAUUUUGGGUGGCAGUAUCCAGGUUGUUCAUUCUCACACUUUUCCCGCAUCUAAGUUCUGGCUUCUCCUUGAGUAGUUUAAACAAGUUACCGCCUCGUCUGACCUUUGCCGUCGCCCUGCUGUCUGACCCCACGGGGGAUUUCCAGCCCUGCAGACCCUCCCCAGCCGACACGGCCGCCCGCGUGCAGAGCCCGGGAGCUGGACAGGAGCAGCGGCAGCCUGGGAGGAAGAUAAAACUUACGAGCAGAAGCAGCUUCUUCCAUCCUCAGCCGGGGCUGCCGGCAUCCCUUCCACCUCCGGCGGGUUUUUAAAAUCCUUGGCUCUUAGCGUGCUGUGUUAUUUCUAGGGACAAACCAGCUAAGUAAGGUCUAUUUAUAUGAAUGUUCCCAGCUCUUCCCACUCCACAAAUUCACCCAGAGACUGUCUUGAUUGUAUAAUAUACAUUAUAUGGAAGCUAUUUAUAUAUGAAUGAAUGUUUUUAUAGAAAGGAAGGCAAGGAGCUCAUGUUCUCCUCUAUUAAACUGGAAAGGCAGCUCCGGUUGCCAAAUAGCAAUCUCUGACCAACACAGAUGUAUUAGCAAAGGACUGACUGAUUUCUGGUUUUAAUAAACUGUGGUUUGCUGGUUUUCCUAAUUGUACAAUUACCUUAAGAGGUGGUAGUGUCCCAGCCUUAGAGAUGAAACUUGUAAAAAAAAUUUAAAAAAAUUUAGUUGAGAAUAUGAAGGAGCUUUGUAAAAUUUUUCUAAGGCAAUUAUGAAUUGUCUAGGGUAGGUGUUUACACUCUUCUUUAUAAAAAUAAAUAGGAACUUUUAAAAUUGGCAAAUCUUUAUAGAUCGAUUAGCGAUGGAAGCUGUUAUUUUGGACUUUCAUAGUAAAUCAAAGGGAAAGUUGCUGUAGCAUUUAGGCAGACAUAAGUGUUCAGUAUUGCUUCUUGUAUUGCGUUUUUCAAUAAAUUUUCAAACAAAACUGUC